AUGUCCAGGCUGGCGGAUCCGAUCGAAGACGACGUACUGCUCGACGCCGACGUGGAGACAUCCCUGCCGCUCAAUGGCAGCAAAGCGGUGGCGUCGCCUCCUCUCAGGCAACGCAAGCUGCUGGUGCUGCUGCCGCUGCUCGCUGACGGAGACAUCGUGACCCCGCACCCACAGUCGCCGUACUACCAGCGCGGCGAACGGUUCGACCGCAGCGUCCUGCGCGAUCGCGCCGUCGUCAUCUGCAUGCACAACGACGUGCUGGCAAUGGGGCUGUCGCUUAUUCGCGAGCUACGGUGCAUGGGCAACGAAGAGCUGGUGCAGGUGUAUCACUGCGGGCAGGACGAGCUGUCCGCCGAGUCGAAGGAGAUUCUGUUCGCUACGGACAACCGACUGGAGCUCGUGGAUAACUGGUGGAUUAAGCCGCUCGCGGUGUAUCACACGGACGUGCGCCAUGUGAUGCUGACGGACGUCGACGAUAUUAUCGUCAAGGACCCCGCUGCACUGCGCGAGCUGGACGGAUACAAGAACACGGGGACGACGUUCUUCUACGACCGCGUGUUCGCCAAUUGCAAGGAGUUCGUAAACGCCGACGACAACCACCGGAAGUACUUGCCGAAGCUGUUCGAGACCUUCGACUACGAGAGGUUCAACAUCACGGAGGGCUUUGCGCCGUCCGAGCACGUACUGGAAUCGUUUGGGUACCGAGGGAAGACGUGCCACGAGAUGGAUUCGUCACUUGUGCUGAUCGACAAGAAGCGCGCGGGACAAACCGUGAUGGACAUCAUGCUCUGGUUCAUCACCAAGGAGCGCUUCCGCUUCAGGUAUUCCUGGGGAGACAAGGAAACCUUCUGGCUUUCUUACGAAUUGGCUCACGUGCCGUACUCCUUCUCGCCGUGGGGCGUGAGCGUGGUCUCUUCGACGCCUAACAAGGACAUGGCCAAACACCCGGACUCUCUCUGUGGCAGUAUCCUGCAGUACAUGCCCGUCGCAUCAGGAGACGCCGAGAUGCUGUACGUGAACGGCAAGGCACUGCUGGACCCGUACCCGCAGGGCAUCGACUACGUGCCCAAGGCGCAGUGGAACAACAUGUUCAACACGUUCCCGACCCACAUGACGCCGCGCCAACCGCGGACGGAGCUCAACAAGACCGGCCACGGUAAAAUGUACACCGAGUGCCUCAUCGGAUUGGGCGCAACACCGCUGCCCGACACCUUCGCCGGCAUGCUGCUGCGCCGCCGCCUCCACUACCUGGGCAUCAAGACCGGAGUGUUCGGCUCGCUGCAGCUCUGCGAUACCUUCCAGAUGCGCAGGCUGUUAGAAGUCUAA